AUGAAUAGUGAAAGCAACGAAGAGAAUGGCCCUAUGGAGCAGCAAGCGAGUAGUAGUGCUAAUGGUGAUCAAGCAGGUCAACCCUCCACCACCAUACCCGCCACCACUAUCAGCAGAGAGUCAACAGCAAGAGAAUUAACACCCGAAGAACUACGUCGUAAGCGUCUGGCCCGACUGGGAGGCACAUUCAGCAGCCGCAGCGGCGGAGAAGGCAUCAAUGCCAACACUUCAACGCCACCAGCCGCUCCAAGUGCUCCGCCACUAAAUUCAAAGGUGCCUAACCACAGCAGGCUUCUGCUCGACUCUUCCAAUACUACCAGCAGCAGCAACAGCAGCACAUCACUCGAAAAGUCGCAAGAACUACUGAAUCCCCUGACUAGCCCGGUGAUGGCCAAGUCGGAUGAAAAUGACAAAAGUGAAUCAUACUUUGCCAGCAAGUCUAUUGUCAAGGAAAGUACAGCUUUUGUGAGCAAAAUGGACGUGGACAAUCUCAACUCAACUGACUCUCCCAACGAUUCGGGCAUUGAGAACAUGGAGGUAGAACUAAAUAUUGAUGAAAAGCGAGAAAGUCUCAAGCGUCAACGUGAUAGCUCAAGUUCGUUUGAAGUCAAACCCGACACCAAAUUGAAUGAGCCUGAAAGUGCACAGUCAUUGUCUUUAGAAGUUUUUACUUUGAUUUCAAAGAUAUUUGCUGUCAACUUUAAAGUCAAUGGAACUUCUUUCUCGGGAGGUGCAAAUGCCAGCAUAGUUUUUCCUGCUGAGCACUUUGAUCCUGCCGAUGACUACAAGAACACUGUUCAGUUCAUCAUCAUGAACGUGGUCGGCAAGCUGCAAGACUACUCGUCUGACUACGACACCUGCCAGCAGCGCUUUAAUGACCACAAACCGAGCAACUUCAGCUCUAUAGUCAACAAUCAGUUGUCAACGUUUGCCAUCCAUCCAAUUGACGAGGACAAUGGAGGAACAUUUCUUUCUUAUCGCGACCGAUCUGUCCUUGCAUUUUCGUACCUUCUUGACUCGUACAAUCGAAUCUUCACUGAAGAACGCCGUACGCCUGAGAAGUGGUGCGAAAAGACUACGUUUGCAGAGCUAAUCAGCUCCAUUCGAAACAGCUGCAUCAGUUUCGGCAUUUUGGUGCUUCAAAGUUCACUGAAGGAUGAAAAGCUCAACAAGUUCAUUCUUCGACUGAUGUACAGCUGCAGCCUACCUUGUGGCUUCAUGUCAGGCCUAAUCGCAAUGACAUAUCAACACAUGCAAAAGGAGGAAUUUCGCAAAAUUUUCGAGCCUCUUCUUCAACUACUCUGGCUGGACAUGCAGACGUAUUGCUCGCUGAUUCACGAAAAUAUGGUUAAAGUGCCGCUGCUGGCUUUGCUUGAACUGUGCAAUGUUGCUGUGGGAAAGAAUAACUUUCCCAUUGGAGAACUGGUUACCCAACUUGACUCUUGGAUUCCCGAGCCAAUGACGGACUCGGCGGGUAGAGAAUUCUCUAAAAUCUGCUUUAUGGCGCCCUUUCUGCGUGUGUCUCUCUUUGCAGAGGACGAUACUAAAAUCGUCGACACCUACUUUCCGACCAAGCACGGAAGUGACAUAGUCAAGCAGACGACUUCAAACUUGCAGACUAUGAUGGACCACAUUCGAACGCCACUCUAUGAGCUCUUCUUGUUGCUACUGAAGAACAAGCGAAGUCGGGAGCGAACUUUGCAGUUUUUCGACGAGGCGCUGAUGCGUAAUAAAAACCGAGCUCAGCUGCAGUCAGACGAAAGAGUCCUGGCAGGAGAUGGCUUCUUCUUCAAUCUCACCAGUGUCCUCCAGCAGCUGUCUGCUGACAUCAAACGAGAGAAGAUUGAUCCCUACUACCCCUACAACUCACAGAAUGCACUGGCUGUCAAAAAGGACGACAGUCGCAUCAAGUUCAACUCCACCGAAGCCAACAGCUGGCUGGAGGGACUGACCACGGGGCAGACUGAUUUCAAGUGGGAGGAGGCCUCCUUCUCCACCCAGUGCUUCUUCCAGACGAUGGUCGCCCACCACCUGAGUGUCAUUCCCUGCCAGCGAAAGUACGUUCGUCGACUGCGAGUGAUUCGAGAGCUGAAUCGCUUCAUCGAAACUCAGUCCCCGCCGGCUGGUUCUGCCGAGUUGCAACCGCCACAGAGCAGCAGCAUUCAGACUCGAGUUCGCAAGUGCAAAGAGCAGAUGCUAAAGUACCACAAGGCAAAGCUGUGUGCCGAGGCUGGCCUGCUGGAUGAGCGCUUUCUCGGUCGCUGCAUAACCUACUACAAUCAGUUUAUCAACUUUCUCUUCAAAGUCAUCAACUGCGACUCACCGGUUGCGAUCGACCUUCCGCUCACGGAGCAAAUCCCUCCCAUUUUCGCCAGCUAUCCGGAAUGGUACAUCGAAGACAUUGCGGACUUUUACCUCUUUGUCAUUCAGUACUGUCCUCAGGUGCUGGAGUCGCCGACUUCCUCGUAUGAUCGUCUAAGCAUGAGCAAUCUGAUCGCUUUUAUCAUCACCGUCAUCUGCUCACCAAACUACAUCAGCAACCCCUACCUGACCGCCAAGUUCAUUGAGAUGGUCUUCCUCUCCAGUCCCAUUGUGAACAACCACAUGAAGAUGUUUCACGCAAAUGUCAUCAGCCACCCGCUGGCGGAGAACCACCUCGUCCGGGCGCUGAUGCGCUUCUACACUGAAAUCGAGACCACUGGGGCGGCCAGCGAGUUCUACGACAAGUUCACAAUUCGCUACCACAUCAGUAUUAUCUUCAAGUCCUUCUGGACGAACACGAUGCAGCAGUACGCCAUCGUCAAUGAGUCCGAAAAUGGAAAGAACUUUGUCAAGUUCAUCAACAUGCUGAUGAAUGACACCACCUUUCUGCUGGACGAAGCGCUGGUGUCGCUGAAGCGAAUUCACGAGGUCAACGAGGAGCGGAACGACAAGGUCAAGUGGAACAGCCAGACGAGGGAGCAGCAGCUGAACCGAGAUCGACAGCUGCAGCAUGACGAACGACAGGCGCGAUCCUACCUGACGCUGGCCGUGGAGACCGUCGACAUGAUGCACUACCUGACGAACACUGUGCAAAAGCCAUUCUUACGAGUGGAACUAGCUGAUCGACUGGCUGCUAUGCUCAACUUUAACUUGCAGCAGCUGUGCGGAAAGAAAUGUAAAACACUAAAGGUUCCUGACCCCCAAAAGUACGGCUGGGACCCGAAGUAUCUGCUCGACAAGAUUACCGACAUUUACCUGCACUUGAAGUCCAAGGAGUUUUAUCAGGCUAUUGCCAAUGAUGAACGCUCGUACAGCAAAGAGCUUUUCGACAAUGCCGUUGAAAAGAUGAACAAAAUCAACAUCAAGGCUCAGUACAAAAUUGAGUCCUUUCUCGACAUUGUCACUGAGGUGGAAGAAAUUCUCGCAGUGAAGCGUCAAGAGGAGCUUGAUUUCAGCGACGCACCCGAUCAAUACAAAGAUCCGCUGAUGGACACACUAAUGGAAGAUCCGGUCAUUUUGCCCAGUGGAGCAGUCAUGGAUCGCACUGUGAUUAUUCGUCACCUGCUUAACAACUCGACGGAUCCCUUCAACCGACAACCGCUGAAAGAGGAUCAACUCAUACCAGACGAUUCACUUCGCGAAGAGAUCCGCAAGUGGAAGCAGUCCAAGCUCACAAAUAAGAACACCAAAUGA